AUGGAGGUUAUAAAUCCAUCAGCGUCUCCGGAAGGUAUGCCGGUGACAGAGGACGGCAUGGAUGAGGUUGAAGCAGUGGAAAGACCAGGGGACGCGACUGAACAGCAGGAGGCCAGUACCCAGACUGUUCAAGAAGAUUUUGAGGCGCAGAAUACUCAUCGUGAAGAUACCGAAGAAGAAGAUGAUGAUGGUAAUGAUGCUGAUGAUAAUGAUGAUGAUGGCGACGACGACGACGACGACGACAGUAACGACGACACAACAGACGAUGAAGCGGAGAGCAAAGCUGAUGAUGACUCCUGGCUCAAUGGAUCCGCAUUCAACGAUCGGAAAAUAAACGUGGGAGUGAGAUACUAUGAUUACCCAUCCUUCAUGAACCGGUCGGUGGACGAUGAUGCAGAUUUUACGAUUGAAGCUCUGAUCGGUACUUCCGACUGGUGGAAGGACUUGGAACGGGAAAAGAAAAGGCGCGCUGCAAACCCAUCACCAUGGACUGAGACUGAUGAGGUGGCACCGCCGACGGAAGGAGUUGCUGAGACUUUGCAACUCCAACGUGUGAGAAUCCGCUCUCCAGAGAUACUUCGUCGUCUUUCUGAGCUUGGAGAGUGGAACGAAAGCAGCAUGGUUCCCCCAAAAUCCGAUUGCGUAUUCUGCCGUCCGUUUCACGCUCUUGCCUACUUCAAUGGUGAAAUGAAAAAGCAGCUGGAGCAAUUAGAGUCUGAUCUAGAAGAUUCAAAGACAAAGCACAGCUCCUCGGACGAUAAUGAAUCGGUUAGUUCGCAGAAAACCUCCGAAUCUCGCAUCCGAGAUGAACUACGAUGCUAUGUUACUUUUGUGGAAGAGAAAAUUCAACCUCUUUGGAAGAGAUUCGAACAUGUGACUAAGAAUACUCCGAACAAAGUCAGAUAUGACGAGCUACCUUUUCUUUUCCGCCCGGGAGAUCUUGUCUUUGUUCCAUCUGUGGCUACCAGCUCGAAAGCCCGCCAUCAGUCUGCUAUUCAGAAUGUAUUUCGCCUGGCUUCCCUCCGACCCGAAGACCACAUGUGGCAAACGGACCCAGGUGGCUGGUUUGUCCCGAACUCACUAGCAAGGUGGAGCAUCUAUUGCUUUGACCAUGAUGGAGAUCAGUUGAAAGUUAUAUGGCAAUCCCUAGAGGUCCCCCAUUUCGCCGGCGAGCAAGAUAUUACUGCCUUGCCAUGUUACCCUCUGCGAUACCACCCCGAUCAUGCGACGAUCCUUAAGAUGCAGGUCGAGAGUGGAAAACUUUUCAAGGAACUUGUGAAACCGGAGAACAAACAUCAAUACUAUUCAGGAUGGAAUCUCGCAACUGGUAUCUUCAAAGAGAGCAUGGAGCUCGCUGAGCCCGAACACAUAGAAAGUGAAGUUAUUAUAGAUGUUAAGGAAGCCUCACGAUACGUUACUGAGACCUACCCUGCCGACACAAAACGUUAUGAGGAGACAUUCCAUGAUUCAUGGGCCACAGUAGUGGAUGAAAAUGUCUCUUAUCGUCUAUGGAGAAAGGAUGCGCCCCACUUCAUCGAGAAAAACGAAAACUUGCUGGUCCGGGAAGACUAUACAUAUGCAAAGGAAGCGCAAGCCUAUAUGAAGCAGAACCCAUACAUUGACAACAACGACACAUUCUCGAAACCAACAUGGUCCGAUGAAGAUCUGGCCCUUCUUCCUCGGAGAGUCCUCGGGUACGUCUUACGCGAGAGGAGGUUUACACGCUUGGAUGUUCGCGGCUUUGAUUUACGUCGGGUAUCCGAAGAGAGGAUUACACUAGACCAUGUCCAGAUAAAACCUGGACAUCGGAGGAUUAUCCGAUCGACUGUUUCUUCUCACUUUGCCAAGAUCCACAAUGAACGGUCUCGAGAUACCAUACUGUAUACCCCAGAUAUGAUCCGGGGAAAAGGACGAGGUCUGGUGAUACUCCUGCACGGAGCCCCUGGGGUGGGUAAGACUGCGACUGCAGAGGCAGUGGCAUUGGAGUUCGAGAAGCCUUUGUUUCCCAUCACUUGCGGCGACCUAGGAAUAACAGCGGACGCAGUGGAGAGAUCACUUAAAGACAUCUUCCGAUAUGCCCAUCUAUGGGACUGUAUUCUGCUACUGGAUGAGGCAGAUGUCUUUCUCACACAGAGAGAUAGAACAGAUGUUGAGCGGAACGCCUUAGUUUCAGUAUUCCUCAGAGUGUUAGAAUACUACAGCGGCAUCCUCUUCCUAACCACGAACCGAGUUGGGGCGCUCGACGAAGCAUUCCGCUCACGAGUACAUCUGAGCCUCUACUACCCUCAUCUAAGCAGUGAAGAUACCAUUUCCAUCCUCUGCAGUAACCUCGCACGGCUCCCUCGAGCAGACAAGGUACCCAAAGGAGCAACCAUCGGCAACGGACAUAUUCACGUCAUGGACAAAGAAAUCAUUGAGUUUGUCCGGUCGGAGUACGAGAAAACCUAUAGAGUUCACAGACGUGGCCCUUGGAAUGGUCGACAAAUCCGCAACGCCGUACAAAUUGCAUCCUGCCUCGCCUUCUUCGACCAGCGAGAAAAGACCCCGGGCAACGACCUCCCGGUAGUUCUUACAGCAGAGCACUUCCGCACAGUGAACGACACGAUCGAAGAAUUCGACCGGUACCUAGUCAAAGCACGGCGUGCCGACGAUCGUAAAUUAGCCCACAUGGAAGGGGUCCGGUACGAUGGCUAUGAGUCCGGGCCUACAAGGGAACCUGCCGUAUAUGACGGCUUCAGCAGUUACGAAUCCGACCACGUCCCCGUUGAACGAGUUCCUCGACGUACUGCGCCAGCCCGCACCCCUCAGCGGCAAUCACAAUACGCUGGGUCCUCAGGUGGCCGAGUCGCACCUGGACGAUACUCCGCUAGUCGGAAACGCGCAGUCAUGGUAGAAUCACAGCAUUAUGCGGAAGAUGACUUUCUAGAUGACGCCCUGCAUGCUCCAAGUCCAUCUACGAGCCGCAGAAUUGAUAUUAUGCCCAGCACGCGUAUGGAACCCCGUUCCAGGGCCCAACCUCGGACAUUACCUCGAAAGGAUGAGGAUGUGUACGACGAGGAGUUAUAUCCGGAUGUUGAAGAUCAUGUUGUGGAAGAGGAGUACCGUCUUGCAGCGGAUCCCGAGGCUCCGAGAUCCGCUCCUCGCAGCGUGAAAAGGAGCCCCAGGUAUACUGGUGAUUACUCCCCUGUGCCUGCUCGCAGGACUAGAGAGGCGACACCCAGGUCCCAGCAUCUAGAGGUGGAGUAG